AUGGUUCGUCUUGCGCCUUUUUCGGACAAGAUCUCUGCCGAAAAGACAGCUAAGGUUUUUGUAGACGUUUUUUUGCGUCUUAUUGGCCUUCCUGUUAAAAUAAUGUCUGACCGUGACACUCGUUUUACAUCGAAAUCUCGGCGUGCACUGUUUGGACUAUUGAGCACCGAAUUGUCCAAAUUAACAGCGGCACACUUUGAAACGGACAGUCAAACAGAGCGUGUGAACCGAGUCCUGAAGGACGUACUGCGCGAUUUUGGUACGUCGCUCAAAGAGAAAAGUGAAUUUUUUACUCUUGCAGAGAUUCCACGCAUGUCACGACAGGUCAUUCGCAAUUUUAUGUGA